AUGGCAUCGUUUGAAUCGUGGCAAUCGCCUCUCUCGGCGCGAUACGCGUCCAAGGAGAUGUCGGGUCUUUUUUCCAACGCUACCCGUUUCUCCACCUGGCGUCAACUCUGGCUGAACCUCGCCAUCGCCGAGCGCGAGCUCGGUCUCGAUAUCUCGCAGGAAGCUAUCGACCAGAUGAAGGCCAAUCUCACCCUCGACGAGCGACAGAUGGCGCUUGCUGCCGAAGAGGAGAAGCGCAGGAGGCACGAUGUUAUGGCCCACGUCCACGUCUUUGGUACUGUCGCUCCAGCCGCUGCUGGCGUUAUCCACCUCGGUGCUACCUCUUGCUACGUCACGGACAACGCCGACCUUAUCUUCCUGCGCAAUGGUCUCGACCUAUUGCUUCCAAAGCUGGCACUGGUGAUCGAGAGGCUGUCUGCCUUUGCUGAGAAGCACAAGGCUCUGCCUACGCUCGGUUUCACCCACAUGCAGCCUGCUCAGUUAACCACGGUGGGCAAGCGUGCUACUCUGUGGAUUCAGGAGCUUCUUUGGGACCUGCGAAACAUCCAGCGUGCUCGGGACGAUCUUGGUUUCCGUGGUGUCAAGGGUACCACGGGCACUCAGGCUUCCUUCCUUGCUCUGUUCGACGGCGAUCAUGCCAAAGUCGAGGCGCUCGACGAGCGCGUUACUGAGCUGUUCGGCUUUCCUUACGCCAUGCCUGUUACCGGUCAGACCUACUCGCGUAAGGUUGAUAUCGACGUGCUCAACAGCCUUUCCUCCUUCUCCGCCUCGGCGCUCAAGAUGGCCACUGACAUCCGAUUGCUCUGCCAUCUCAAGGAAGUCGAAGAGCCCUUCGAGAAGGACCAGAUCGGAUCGUCUGCUAUGGCGUACAAGCGCAAUCCUAUGCGAUCCGAACGUGUGUGUGGUUUGGCACGCUGGCUCGGCAACGCUGUCAACUCUGCGCGUGAAACCGCCGGUGCUCAGUGGAUGGAGCGAACGCUGGACGAUUCGGCCAACCGCCGUCUUUCGAUUCCCGAAGCCUUCCUCACGGCCGACGUGAUCCUCACCAUCCUCCAAAACGUUUCCGAAGGUCUCGUCGUCUACCCCGCCAUCAUCGCACGUCGAAUCCAGAGCGAGUUGCCGUUCAUGGCGACAGAGAACGUCAUCAUGGCUAUGGUCCGUGCAGGCGGUGAUCGUCAGGAGUGCCACGAACGUAUCCGUGUACUUUCUCACCAAGCUGCCGCCCAGGUCAAGGAGCAUGGAUUGGAGAACGACCUGAUCGCCAGGAUCAAGGCCGAUACUUAUUUUGAGCCCAUCUUGGCUCAGAUGGAUCAGCUCUUGGAUCCUAAGAGCUUCACCGGAAGGGCCGAGCAGCAGGUGGAUAGCUUCUUGGCCAAGUGGGUCAAGCCCGCCAUCGAGCCGUACAUGGCCGCUAUCCAGUCGGCUGGCAAAGCCGAGUUGUCUGUCUAG